AUGACACGAGAAUCCACCGCAUCCAGGCUGUUCAAACCCAUGCCAAUCGGGUCGCAUUGGCUUCAACAGCGGGUAGUUUUAGCACCGAUGACCCGAUACCGUGCGGAUGAGAAUGGAGUUAUAUUACCAUUCGUGAAGGAUUAUUACGAGCAGCGAGCGUGUAUGCCCGGGACGCUACUGAUUUCAGAGGCAACGGACGUCAGUCCUCAAGCCAAUGGUGAAGCGCACGUUCCAGGAAUUUGGAGCGAGGCCCAAAUCAAAGCAUGGCGGCAGGUUACAGAUGUAGUGCACGCGAAACAAUCUUAUAUAUUCUGUCAGCUGUGGGCUACUGGUCGAGGAGCGGAAACGAGUGUGUUAGAGGCUAAGGGUUUGGAAUUAGUCUCGAGUAGCGCUGUGCCACUUGAGCCCGGAGCAGCACAGCCGCGCGAGCUUUCGGGACAAGAGAUUGAGGAAUACAUUUCCGAUUUCGCCAAAGCGUCCCGAAAUGCGAUAGAUGCAGGGUUUGACGGAGUCGAAAUUCAUGGCGCAAAUGGCUACCUCGUCGACCAAUUCACGCAGGCUUCUUGCAACCAGCGUAUGGAUGAAUGGGGCGGUAGUAUUCCCAAUCGUGCACGCUUUGCACUCGAAAUUACGCAGGCCAUCAUCGAAGCCAUCGGGGCCGAUCAUGUUGGAAUAAAGCUAUCCCCGUGGAGUCAAUACAUGGGAAUGGGUACCAUGAGCGAUCUUAUGCCCCAGUUCGAAUAUCUCGUGAGAGAGCUCCGGCAAAUGGACAUCGCAUACCUCCACCUCGCCAAUUCCCGAUGGCUAGACGAGACCAAAUCGCAUCCAGACCCACACCAUAAAAGCCUGGUGCGAGUGUGGGGGCCAUCCAAACCUGUCAUUCUUGCCGGAGGAUACAAUGCCUCCACCGCUUGUGAGCUGGUCGACACGAUCUUUGAAAGAUACCCUCUGAUCGCGGUGGCUUUCGGUCGAUAUUUUGUGUCCAACCCCGACCUAGCCCUUCGAGUGAAGACUGGCAUCAGUCUGCAGGCGUACAACAGAAAGUCCUUCUAUAGUACACUGUCAAAGACUGGAUAUCUCGACUACCCAUUUAGCGCGGAAUUCUUGACCCAACACGAAUCUUAA